UGAUCCAGUGCGAAGAUCCGUCCUUAUCAGCAAAGGUCGACUAUCCGCCCGCUUGUUGUAUAGAUUUUCAAAAACGCCAGCAUGUCGACUCUUACCAGGGCUUUCACGAAGCGCAGCAAGCGUCCUGAGGUUUCUGCGCCGAUGCCGUACCGCGAGGGACAUACCAAGUUCAGUGCAGGCACUAUCAACCGAGGCAAGAUCUCUGCGCCCGUGGAGUUGUUGUCGACCACGAAUAUGCUUGCCUACAAUGCUCCGGACCUUCACUCUGCGACCUCGUCCUCAACGUCCUCAAUCCAGUCGCCUGAUGAUUCGGACAUCUCCUUCACGCAGCGAAGCUUUGGGUCGCCUGUUACGACCCCUGGCGAGUCUCCCAUCGAUGCCGAUCCCGCUCCUCUUCCUGCUUACUUUCCCAAGCGCUCAGCAACUGUAAGUAGCCAUACGACGCCUCGUUCAUCGACAUCCACUGCGUCUUCAGCUGAGGCACCUCUGGUCCCCAAACGUGCCCUUUCUCACACAAAGCGCUCGCAUCAAGAGCUGGCCCGCAAGCGCUCUGUAUCUCGGCUUUCUCCUCCUCCAUUGAAUUCGAUACGCAGCACGCCUGCUGCCCGACAAGGUUCCGAGGCCUACCACAUGGAGCCCCACCCUUUCAGCAAAGAGCUUGAACAGGUGAAUGAGGUCGCAGAGGAGUUCGGUGGUACGCGCGUGCUCGAUGAAGAGGAGCUAAUUCUGCGAGACAAGGGACUGAGAAAGUUCACUGUUGAUGAGUAUCUGGUGGAAAUCGAAGACCUCUAUGGGAGCAUCUUUGAUGACCGACUAGGGCCAAUUGCAUCUGGCACUUGGCUUUGAGCAGUUGACGUUCCCCUUCUGUCCCUUGACGUUUCUGUUUUUGACUAUCCUGUGGGACGAUGUUUCCUCAUGGGUACUGGAUUAUCCCUCCCGAAUUUUUUACAAAGCAGGCGCUGGCCUGUAUAACGACCCACUCGUAUUCACUCUUUUAAUGUCUU